UUAGCAACUUAUCAAGGACCAGGAAGUUUUCAUGUUUUGAGACCGGAAGAUAUGGCGAAACUUCACAAUUUGGCAGCCAAAGGCGACGAUACAGCGUUACAGUAUUUGCUCUCAAACUAUGAGAAUGUUAUGAUGAGAUCAGAGAUUCAACGAGCCGAAACAUGGACGGUGAGUGCUGAGGUUUCUUCGAAAAGAUUUGUGGGAAAUUGA